AUGGUGGGGACGCUGGCGCUGCCCGAGGGGCCCGAGCCGCUGGACAGGAAGCGGCGCGGCGAGCGGGUGCUGGACAGCCCCGACUCCGGCCUGCCGCCCAGCCCCAGCCACUGGCUGCUGGCCCCCGGCCCCGAGCGCGCUGCGCCCCCCGAGCCGGACGCCGCGGGCCUGGCGCCGCCGAAUGCUGUGUUCUCCCCCAACCCGCUGCUCUCCAGCUGUCCUGCGAGGUUAUGCCCUUUAUCCUUUGGCGAAGGAGUUGAGUUUGACCCUCUGCCACCAAAGGAAAUAAGGUACACCUCCUCGGUGAAGUAUGACUCAGAGAAGCACUUCAUCGAUGAUGUCUAUAUGCCGGUGGGCUUAGGCAUUUCCUCAUGCAGCCAAACGGUCGUCUGCAUCCCUGAUUGCACGUGGCGCAGUUACAAAGCCGAGGUCCACUUUGAGCCUCGGAACAAGCCCUUGCGUUUCACCAGCACCACCAUUGUCUACCCAAAGCACACCAAAACUGUGUACACCACCACUCUGGAUUACAACUGCAGGAAGUCCAUGCGGCGGUUCUUGUCCAGCAUAGAGCUGGAAUCUGCAGAAUACCCUGGGAAUGAUUACCUCCUGGAUGGCUGCUGACUGACACCUGUCUCUCUUGCUAUGAUCCAUCCUAGUCCCUUUCUAGUGUACAAACUCUCCACUAGCUAAAGUGGGCAAAAAAUCCUAAUUGCCCAGUCACUCUAAGGGAACCUUACCUGUCGCUACCUCUGUCCCAGCUCAUAAAUUCAGCUUAAAUGGCCUGCAUUUAAUUUUCUAUGGGAAUUUAGCUUUUCAGGAUACCAGUUUAUCCUCCUUUAGAGCUGCUGAUUCCCUCCCCUGCUCCCACGUUGCAGUAAUCAGGUGAAAAUAAGGGAAAUGUUUCCAAAGAGGAAAAGUUAAUUGCUCUUUCACAGAUAAGGAAGAGUCUGGGACAGUGGAAAAAUGUACAUGAUUCUUCAUGCUGAUGUGUAAAACCAAUGACAAUUCUCUUGCUGCAGAAAAUUUAGCAGAUAAUUCAGCCACUUGUAAACAGAGAGCCAUAAUUAAUUUCAGCUUUGGUCACAGAACCUUGGUAAAGCAGAAAGUGCUGACAUCCUUUGGCAUAGGCUAGCUGAUGGGAAAUCCAGAACUGUAUAUUUAAGCAGAUGUUUUUAAUUGCUCUCAUGCCUGUUUUUAAAGAUGGUUCCUUUAAGGAGGAGGGAGGUGGGAUGGAAAGAGUUUAAUUAGAGCAAGAGUUAAAUUGCAUUUGGGUAGCUGUAGGCAAUCGGCAUAGAAGGAACUGGGUUAUCUUUCUUCCGGCUCCCCUAAUCUUACAGAACAUCUUGUGUACUUCUCAGUUAGUUAACCCAGCCUCAAACUUGUGCAACUAUUUUGUCAGUGCUGCAGAUGCUAGAAUUUGCAGGCACUGUACUGUAACUUGCGAAGAAUAUUGUGCAGAAAAUUAUCUCUGAAGGUGAUGAAUUUUGGAACGCCAAGUGUAGACAUCCGCUAGUUUCAAACCGCUAUAUGUGCUAAUGCUGGCACCGUUCCUCAUUCAAGUGGAGCCGCAACAGUGGGAGAAUGUUAGGAAAUCCACAUUGUGGAGGUCAUAAAGUGGAAGUAGAAAUCUGGGAAUCCAGCAGCAUCACCUAGGGUACGUGGGAGUGACUUGCCAAGGAAGGUAUUGAUUGCGACAAAGGGAAUGCAAAACUGUCAACUGGCUAGAUCCACAGCCAUGCCUGUGCUUUCCUUGUUGGACUUCACAAAGAUCAUUAUUCUGUCUUAAGUUUUUUGAUCCGACGGUGUUGAUGAUUUCACUGGGGCAAGGAAGGUCUUCCAUGCCCAGCAGCUUCCUGAGCAGCCCUGCAGUAACAAAUCAGCUGGAGAUCACUGAGGGUUGGGGGGUGGGCAAGAGAGGGGUGGUGAGAAUAAUCACUUCAGAAUAACCUGCACCUUAACAUUGUCUUUGUCACACUGUCAUGCACUUUGACCAAACAGAAAGUGUGGCUUUCUAAACCUCCAAAAUCACUGUGUCUUUGUUGAAAGAGAGGAGAGCAGCAUAGAAAGUGCGUGCUUUCGAAGAUGUGGCUUGUACUCCUCAUUGAUGUAGUAGUGAUAUUGUGCAUGUUCCA